UAAUUAUACUUCAUUAUGUUGUGCUUAUUAUGCUAGAAAUUCACAUUUGAAAUGUAUGCACAUCUAACUUGGUAACCCCUCGUUGUUGCCAAUAGUGGUUUUUUCAAUUACCAUGGUGUUUAACGAGCAAAGAUUUAUUUCUUUAGUAAGCGUACGCAUUUGCUCUCAACUACAAUAACUAAUUUCAAAAGAAAAAACUCGGUUGUUAUAGUCUUUUUGUUUUAUAAAUUCUAAUAGUUGUAGUUGCGGAACUCAUAUGAGCCGUAAUAUUAACAUAAUGCCGAAGAUGAAGAUACGCAUACGGAAUGCCUGGUAUGAACCAGACUUGAGUAGUGAGGGGAUUUACCUUUGCCCAAUGCCUCAACCACCUCCAUCGCCAGCAGGUGCGCUAUGGUCCACAAACUUGAAACCGCACGAAAGGCUCUUCUAUCAUCAGACAUUGAACUCUGUACGACAAAGUAAACGUUUUAUUGCAACACCUCAAAUACCUCGUGAUUCGUUGGAUUUUAGGCUACAAGCGCGCUACGAUCACUCCCAUGAAGUAUUUCCAGAACCCGUGGAUACAGUAUUACAACGAGAAACUUGUGCCUACCAAAGAAUUGAUGGUGAUGGCACAGAUAAUAUUGUGGAGCUGAAAUCCUUUCGUGUUUUACAGAAUGUCAAGACAGUACAGUUGCCAGCAAGUGACGCCCAAGAUCAUCCUUUAAAAAUUGGUGGUAUUAAGGAGAAGAUUUCGCCACAUAGUGUUAAAUUAAUCAACAGUGGUGUGCACAGUCAAUUGGUAAACAAUGGAUUUUCACGACAAACUGGAGAUGGGAAUUUUUUCCGUUAUUAGACAUAACUUUUAUUUAUAACAUAAAAAUUAAUUGAAAAAUUGCUUCAGAAAAUGUCGUUCAUAGUAGCUCCGAAUUUUGUACAUGCACAUGA